AUGACGGUGGGAGGCAUCUCGGCGUCUGUGGCCCUGGAGCAGAUCGGAGAGAUGAAAACCAAUGAAACGGUGUUUGUAUCGGCUGCAGCAGGAGGCACCGGUCAGUAUGUGGUCCAGCUGGCCAAACUUGCUGGUAACCACGUGAUCGGCACGUGCAGCUCGGACGCCAAGGUGGAACACUUGAAGAAACUGGGCUGCGACCGUGUGAUUAACUACACGAAGGAAGACGUGGAUACCGUGCUGAAGAAGGAGUAUCCUAACGGUGUCGAUCUCGUGUUUGAGACCGUCGGUGGCGACAUGUUCAAGGCUGUGACGGACAAUUUGGCCAAGCAUGCAAGAGUGAUUGUGUUUGGCUUUAUCUCGGGCUACCACGGCGACAAGUCGGCUGAGCCGAUGCUGGUGAACCAGCUGAACCCGAAACUACUCAUGAAAUCGGCCAGUGUGCGUGGGUUCCUCCUGCACAACCACGACGAGUUCAUCCCGUCUCAUAUUGAGCGACUGCUGAAGCUGAUGGCUGAAGGGAAGCUGAACCCGGGAGUGGACUCGACCGAGUUCCGUGGAUUGGAAAGCAUCCCGGAGGCCAUCGAUUACAUGUACGCGCGCAAGAACAUCGGCAAACUGAUCGUCAAACUUCAGUGAAAGCCUAGUUGGAGGAGCUAGAUAUUCAGAAAGAAUCGAUAAAUAAUAGUGCAUUUAGUCUUCGCGAAUCACCCCAAGGCUUCUAGUAGAAAUACUACUAUUAGUAGCAAAGGCCUAGUCGGCAUAAUAAGCAUAUUAUGCUGAUUCAGUGGGGUAGUUAGUCCAACGGCCU